UGCUCUCUCGGGCAGAUCAUUUUGAGAGUGGAGCUUGUCAGAGAAGCCCGUAAAAUUCUCGAUUUCACAUCUCUUUUCCGCUUGGCUACCAGAUGAUACAAAAUGUCAGGUGUUAAAGGAGAUACACAGAAACUGAAUGUCACCCUGGUUGCCAGUAAUGUGGGCUGGGACAAAGCUGUGAAUGGCCAGUUACUUCUUGAGCUUGCCAGCAACCCAAAAGUGAAGGUAACUGGAUUUGUACCUAAAAACACUCAACAGCAAAGAGAUGCAGCCCAGAAGUUAGGCAUUGAGCUUGUUGAUGCAAAGGAUGUCUCAGAGCAUUCAUCAGCAGACCUGCUGGCUUAUCCACCUGACAGUCUCAAGAUCGAUGUCUUGAUGAUGCAGUCUUAUGGACACGAAGUGGGUCGACAAGCACAGAUUAUCAAGGAGACCAAGAAUUGCAAGUGGCUUCAUGUUCUGCACACCGUGAGUGAGGAACUUGUGCCAUUUGCACCUGAGCAUAAAUCUGAACAUGAGUUGCAACUUACAUUGUGCAAACAAGCUGAUAUUGUGAUAGCAAUUGGACCCAAAGUGGCCGAAGCCUACAGAUCAGCUUUCCAACUUGGUGGAAUACAGAAAGAAGUCAUUGACCUAACACCAGGAAUAUUCGUCAACCUUGUUGGUGUGCGACCCCCUCAAGAGGACAGAGAAGUGUUUCACAUAUUGAUCAGUGGUUCAUCCAAAUAUUACAAGAUCAAAGGAUGUGAUAUUGCUGCUAAAGCAAUCAAUCUAACAGGCACACCUUCCAUCCACCUGGUGUUUGUUGUGAAGCCUAGUGAGAAUGUUGCAGAGAUGACCCAAGCCUUGCUCCAGGAGGGCAUUAAUCCUGACCAACUCACUGUUAAAGUGGCAAAAAGCAGUGAAGAUUGGAUCAAUAUUCUCCGUGAAGUAGACCUUGUCAUAAAACCAUCUAGAACAGAAGGUUUUGGAAUAAGCGGUGUCCGUGCCAUUUCAGCUGACCUUCCUGUACUGGUCAGUGGAAAUAUUGGCCUUGGUGCAGCUCUGAAGAAGUUACCCUCAGGAGCAAACCAUGUUGUGGAGUCCGAUGAUCCCCAGGUCUGGGCUGACAAGAUCAAGGAAGUCAAAGCAAAGGAUGUAAAGGGGCGCAGCAUAGAAGCAGAGACUUUAAGAAAGGAGUACACUGGACAAUUCAACUGGAAAGAUCAGUGUGAAAACCUCGUUGAAAAAAUGUUUACCAUGAUUUAGUCACAUCCUCCUCGAACUUAAAGUGUACCACUAGAUAUUGUGUAUGGGUGAUAGAUAUAAUGGUAAUCCAUCAGUUUGUUUCUUUGAAAAGCUCCAAUUUUCAGAGAUAGUUUUUGACACAGCAUUUUGUCCCAUUAAAUCUUUGUGUUGACUGACAUUGUAGCUUAGGUCUAACAUUCUGAAAUUUAUGCUGUAAGCUGAAGCCAAGAUUUUUCAAAAUAUUACCAAUUUUGCUUUUCAUAAGUUAGAUAAGAUGUAAUGGCAGGUUGUUGGUCUAGUAUAGCAUUCUUUACAUAAAAUAUCUAUCAUUUCACAUUAAUUAUAAUUAUUGCAAAGCUAAAAGUAAAAAGGUUCCUUCUGUAGUUUUUGUCAAUUUUAUUUUUCAUUUGCUCCGAGUUACUUUUAUGGCCAAGUGAGUUUGCUCACUCCAGUUAAUUAUCAAGUACUAGUUAAGCUCAGGUUAUGAACUCAGUCUUACAAUGACAGUAAAAGAGUGAUGAUUGGUUCAAAAAGUUGUCAUUGAUAAAUAAACCUAACUUAAAACAA